AUGGAAUUAGAUUUAGAAAAAUUAUAUGAAAAUAUGAGGAAUUUAAGAUCAAUAAAAAUACGCUGGCAUCCUUUGAUUCAUGAAAUUUUCAAACAGGCUAGAUUAAUUAAAUUAUGGAAAAAAAUUGCCACGCUGUAUUCGUGCAUUUCAAUUGAUGAUAUAAUCGAGCAGCUAAAACUCGGUGACGAGUUCAAAAUGGACAAAAAAAUGGUGUUAAGUAUGCUAAUGCAAUGUGAUAUCUCUCAUGACAAUACUACAAAGUUUAGUAUUGAUUUAAUUGAAGACAAAGUAUAUUUUGGAAAAGAUAUUACCGUGUUAUCAAAAGUUACAGAUUAUCCAAAAAAUAAAUUUAUUAAAUCGAAUUCAUAUGGUAAUUUUUUAUCAAAUGAAUUUGAAUAUAUUAAUGAUAUAGGGGUAUAUCAUGAUGAUGAAUUAUCAGUUUUAGGUAAAAAAAAAGGUAAAGAUGAAGUACAAGAAAGUGUAGUUGACAUUUUCGAGAGAUUGAAAAGAACUAGAGAAUACCACUCACCAUCCUUAAAAGAUGGAUCAGAUCAACAAUUUAUUGAAUUUGGCGAACAGUAUAGAGAACUAGCAGAAAUUGUUUCGCUACAGUUUAUGAAAUCACGAAAAGCAAACUCGAAUUUAGAUUUUAAUAGUAAUUAG